AUGGCACUAUUCACAACUAUCAAGACUCCCACUGCAACAUAUGAGCAGCCCCUUGGACUCUUCAUCAACAAUGAGUUCGUGAAGGGAACUGAAGGCAAAUUAAUUGAAACUUACAACCCUGCGGAUGAAAAACUCAUUACCUCUGUCCAUGAAGCCACCGAGGUGGAUGUUGAUAUUGCUGUUGCUGCAGCACGCAAGGCCCUCCAAACCACAUGGCAUCAAAUUACCCCAUCUGAGCGCGGUCAUCUGCUCAUGAAGUUGGCGGAUCUUUUCGAACGCGAUUUCGAAACUCUUGCGGCUAUUGAGUCUCUUGACAACGGCAAGGCACUGAGCCUGGCGAGGAUCGAUGUUGCCGGCGCUGCUGGUUGCCUGCGAUACUACGGUGGCUGGGCAGACAAGAUUCACGGUCAAACAAUUGAGACGGAUCCCAACUCCCUCAACUACACUCGUCAUGAGCCUAUCGGCGUCUGCGGUCAGAUCAUCCCAUGGAACUUCCCUCUUCUUAUGUGGGCUUGGAAGAUCGGCCCCGCGGUUGCGGCUGGUAACACUGUCGUUCUCAAAACUGCUGAACAAACUCCUCUUUCUGGUCUCUACGCGUCCGCAUUGGCAAAAGAGGCCGGAUUCCCCGCUGGUGUAAUUAACACUAUUUCCGGCUACGGUCGUGUUGCCGGAUCCGCAAUCUCCAGUCACAUGGACAUUGACAAAGUCGCCUUCACCGGCUCUACCCCCGUCGGACGAACUAUCCUCCAAGCUGCAGCGAAGAGCAACCUCAAGAAGGUGACUUUGGAACUCGGCGGUAAAUCACUAAAUAUUAUCUUCAACGAUGCCGACUUAGACAAUGCUAUCAAAUGGGCCAACUUCGGUAUCUACUACACUAGCGGACAGAUCUGCUGUGCAGGCUCUCGUAUCCUCGUGCAGGAAGGCAUCUAUGACGAAUUUGUUAAGCGAUUCAAGGAGCGAGCACUACAGAACAAGCUGGGUAAUCCUUUUGACGAGCAGACUUUCCAAGGUCCUCAGGUCUCACAGCUACAAUUCGACCGGAUUAUGGGAUACAUUGAGGCUGGUAAGCAGGGUGGUGCGACUCUUGCUUUGGGAGGUGGACGAUAUGGUGACAAAGGUUUCUUUAUUGAACCUACUGUCUUUACCGAUGUGACACCAGAUAUGAAGAUCGCCCAGGAGGAGAUUUUCGGUCCUGUUGCAGCCAUCCAGAAGUUCAAGGAUGAGGAUGAGGCUAUUAAGAUUGGAAACAACAGCAACUAUGGUCUUGCAGCUGCUAUCCAUACUAGCAAUGUCAACACUGCGAUCCGCGUCUCAAACGCUCUACAGGCAGGUACUGUCUGGAUCAACCAAUACAAUAUGCUGUCCUACCAGACUCCAUUUGGUGGAUACAAGGAGUCGGGCAUUGGCCGUGAGCUUGGUUCCUAUGCCCUUGAGAACUACACCCAGGUUAAGUCUGUGCGGUAUUCUCUGGUUAACGCUCCAUUUGCUUAA